AUGUCGUCGGUAUGCGUGAACGAUGCAUUAACCGACGACGAGCUGAGAUGGGUAUUGUCGACGCUAGACAGCGACAAGGACAAAGAAGUGUUUGGUCUUGUCUGCAAGCGGUGGCUACAUCUACAAAGCACCGACCGGAAGAAGCUAGCGGCGCGUGCUGGUCCACACAUGCUCCGCCGUCUCGCCUCAAGGUUCACUCAAAUCGUGGAAUUGGACUUGUCUCAGUCAAUCUCAAGGUCUUUUUAUCCAGGUGUCACUGAUUCCGACCUUGUUGUUAUCGCUGAGGGAUUCAAGUGCCUCAGAGUUCUUAAUCUGCACAACUGUAAAGGUAUUACAGAUACUGGGUUGGCCUCAAUUGGAAGGUGUCUUUCUUUACUGCAGUUUCUAGAUGUGUCAUACUGCAGAAAGCUCUCAGAUAGAGGAUUAUCGGCAGUUGCAGAAGGCUGUCAUGAUCUAAGGACAUUGCAUCUAGCGGGUUGUCGUUUCAUCACCGACGAAUCGUUAAAAUCACUCUCUGAGAGAUGUCGUGACCUGGAAGCUCUCGGGCUUCAAGGCUGCACCAAUAUCACUGAUUCAGGCCUUGCUGAUCUUGUGAAGGGAUGCAGAAGGAUAAAAACUUUGYAUAUCAAUAAAUGCAACAACGUAGGAGAUGCUGGAGUUUCCGUUGUGGCGGAAGCUUCUGCAUCUUCCCUCAAGACGCUUAAAUUGCUGGACUGUUACAAAGUCGGGAACGAAUCUAUAUCGUCCCUGGCACAGUUUUGCAAGAACCUGGAAACUCUGAUAAUCGGUGGAUGCAGAGACAUCUCUGACGAAUCUAUCAUAUUACUGGCAGAUUCCUGCAAAGACAGUCUCAAGAACUUGAGGAUGGAUUGGUGCUUGAAUAUAUCUGACUCUUCCCUUAGCUGCAUUCUGAAUCAGUGCAAGAACUUGGAGGCUCUUGAUAUCGGUUGCUGCGAAGAGGUCACAGACACUGCUUUCGGGGAUUUGGGGAGCAACGAUGUUUUGGGAUUGAAGGUUUUAAAGGUGAGCAACUGCCCAAAAAUCACGGUAACAGGGAUAGGCAAGCUUUUGGAGAAAUGCAGUUCCCUGGAGUAUCUAGACGUAAGGUCUCUUCCACAUGUGACAGAAGUGAGAUGUAGUGAAGCUGGCCUGGAGUUCCCCAAAUGUUGUAAAGUUAACUUUUCGGGAAGUUUAACCGAGCCAGAUGUUCUGCUUUGA